GUGUGGGCGCGUUCUCUCUUGCGUGAUUCACGCCAUCUUGACCAUAUGGACGUCAGUCAAACUCGGGUGAGAGAAGAGGCCGGAGCCUGUGGGCCAAUCAAAGCGAGAAGGGAAGCACGUGCGUUAUGGCAUGCACCGUCUGUGCGGUGCUGUUGUGGACGUCGCCCUGUGGUUGAUGUUACGUUGUGCAGAUGAUUGCGUUGCGUGUGCGUGAGCAGCUCCUGCCGCAGCGAGAGUUCACGCCUCUGAUCACAGCAUGCCUUCAGAUGAACCAGACUCAGGUACUUAGCCAACCACCGCAGUGACUCACUCACUCAUCCAUUCAAUGCAUCCGUCCCUCACCGGCCGCUUGGUUGCUCUGUCUGCUGUCCAUGUGCGCGUGCAGGUCGACACACAGAUCACACGCUCUCACAGAUGGACUCUACUCAGCUGACAGCACAGGUGGGCGCCUGCAGGGUGCCAAGCAGCACACACAAACAACAACCACACAAUGGCCUCUGUCAUGCUGCGGUUGGUGUUGCUCUCGUGUGGUUGAUUCGUUCCUCAGGUGGUGGCCAGAGUGAACCGGCAGCUCGCUGCUGUGUCCGACCAUCUGGCCGAGCUGGCAGAGACCAUAGAGACCGCCAUCGCACAGACAACACACGAGGGUGAGCCGAUAUAUACCUAAGGGAGAAUGGCACACCAACACACAAACACGGCCUUGUGUGUGUCUGUGUCGUUGUCUGUGUCGCAGGUGAUGGCGUGAGCGAUUCUGCUACACAUGGCAAAGAUGCCGAUGGCCACGUGCAGGUGUGUGAUCGACCACACGCAGGCACACAAAUUGACACACACACCGAGCUGCCAUAUGCAUUGCGUGUGUGUCUGUUUGCUGUCUGUCGUCAGGCCACAUCAUUGCACCUGACUGACAUUCCCGACAGCCCCAUGAGCGUCGUCCUGGCACUGUCCGACCUCACCGCCGUCGCCCACCUCAAGUCAACAGCCCGACCCAUUAGAAAUGCCCUCCGGCCGAUCGCCCGCCGCUUUCGGCUGCCGAAGGCCAUCGAGCGGGCGGGGGUUAGCGGUGUGGUGCAGUUCGACGAUCAGCUGAGCGACGGCGAUGUGAUGAAGGCCAUGUGGGUGGUGGAGGAGGGGGGCGAGGGCGGCUGGGGGGAGGUGGGCGACACACUCCGAGUGGGCGAGCAGUGCGGCCACUGUCAGCUGCCGGUCACUGUGGGUGCUGGAGACCUGCAGACAUACGCCACCAAGGCGGUAAGCACGACACACAGGAGAGGCAAUCGGUGAGCUGCUGGAUGUGUGUGUGCGGAUGUGGGUGUGUUGGAUGCAGGACUUCUUGGCGCUGCCCCGUGUGUUUGCGCAGUGGAUGCUCGUCGGCCGCCACGUCGUCUUCCGUCGCCCCACUGGCCAGCAAGACGGCACACUCCAGCUGUUCCGCCAUAACAACGAUAUCCGGAUCAUCCGCAACAAGCCCGGCUUCACCAUCACACUCAACCCGCCCCUCCCCCACCCCACCCGCCCCGUCCACCCCUUCUCGCAGCACCCCUUCCAGCAGCACGCAAAGCCACACGACCCCCCAGUCAGCAGCCGCAUUCUGUGGCAGCAGGGGGUAGGGUGGGUGACGGUUGGCAUCAACAACGGGCCCGUUGACGCAUCGGCGAGUUCCGUGCUGAAGAGGCUGCUGCUGGUUUACCGGGAGUUGGCUGUGGGCGGCUUCUCCAACUCGCCGACGGUGGUGGUGGACCAGUGAGUGGAUGGACGACAGGCAAUGGCAGGUCGCUCACGCUCUGUUUCAAACAUGGAUGUGUGUGUCAGGCGUGUGCGUGGCGACCGCAUCAUGACCCAAUCGCUGCACACGCCCCUCGACGGAUGCUCACACGUGAUGCCAUGGGAGCUGGCCGAUGGGAGCUGUGCGCAGUCGCAUGUGCUGACGAUGUCGGACGACCCAUUCAUCGCAGGGAUGUACUUUGUCAUCCAACCAGGCAACAACCAGAGCGGUACGAUACACAUGUACAGCAGAUCCUCAUGCUGUCGUGUCGCCUGAUCAUCUGCUCUGCUCUUGUCUGCAUGCAGCAGCCGUCGGCAUCUUUACCACCGAGGCCGCAGCAGCAGGAGUGGCUCAUGAUGCGCCCUUCGCCCAGCGAUUCCCCCUGACGGCCGCCAUGGUGCGCCGCGCCCUCGGGCCCAUCGCACCCAUCGUCCUCGACGGCCAGGCGCCAUGAAGGUGAAACCAACUCACAAUGAAUGACAAGAUGGCGCGUGUGCAUAUGUGAGUUCCUGUGUGCUGAUGGAUCUUGUGCAGGUGGUGUGCUGGCAGCCAGGCGGUGUGGCUGCGUGUCGCGUUGGGUACUUGCUGACGGUAGCGCGUGCGGUCGAAGGGACAGCGUGU